GCCCGGCCCGGCCCACCGGCCUCCCGCGCCCUUCGACGGCUCGACUGGUCUGCCGCCGCCCGCCCCUCGACGGGCGGCGCUGCGCGAGGCCUCGGGCGGCCUCCCACUACUGCCACCCGGGGCGGCCGGCCCGGCCUAGCGCCCCGCGCUCAGAAUACGCUUCCCGCCGGCCCGCGCCGCGCCGCCUGCCUGACUACUGCCUGCGCUCGGGAGUCGGCCCCGGGGACGCCGCGAAGGACCGCCUGGGAAGGGGGACUACGCCCCCCACAAUGCACCGCGCCAGAAGUCGCUCACUUCCGGAGCGGGGGCUAGCUUAUUCCGGCCUUUUUCCAGGGCAUCGUCUUGGCCUCAGCAGAGCAAAUUCUUCCCCACACCCGGUAGACGAGAGAGGUGUAUUCAGUUUGAACUCUGUCGCCUGGACAGCCCCUCACAAGGACCCGGAAUCCUGAUUUGGGGCCACCUCACCAACGCGCAAGCGCUUUGGGCAUUUGUCUGUGGAUACUACAAUUCCCGUGAUUCCUCGUGUUGCGCUCGGCGACCGCGCCCUGGAGCGCCACCUAAGGAAAAGAUGAGGAAACCGGGGCUCUGACUUGUUUGCCUAGGCUCACUCCUAGAUAAGCCUGCCUCCUAAACCCGAGCUCCCAAAGACGACAAAGAGCAGCGAAGCGGUAAGGCGAGAACUACGAGUCCCGUGGAGCUGUGCGGCAGCCUCGCGAGAAUUAGCUUAAAUACGACGGGCGGGAACGCGGCGGCCGCGGUGGUCUGGGCGGCUGGAGGGUAGAUGGCUGAGGCGAUGGAGCGCGGAGACUCCCCGGACAGUGAGCCUACGGCGCGCACGCUUCUGCGGCGCGUGCUGGACACAGCGGACCCGCGUACCCCUCAACGACGCCGGAGUGCUCGGGCUUGCUCCCCCUCCCUACACAGUUCUCAGAGACGUAGGUCCUUACGCAGUGCCCAGAGGGACCUGCUUGAAACCACUAACUGCAGGAGGCUGAGCAGCCAAACAAAGGCAACUGCUGGGCGGCGUUCCUGUGGAGCCAGGGCUAUUGGCAGAUGGCCCCAUGUUCAAGCCAGUGGGCACCUAGAGGAACAGACACCCCGGACCCUGCUGAAGAACAUCCUACUGACUGCCCCAGAAUCUUCCAUUGUGAUGCCAGAGUCAGUAGUGAAGCCAGUGCCAGCACCGCAGGUGGUCCAGACCUCCAAACAGAAAAGCAGUCGGGGCAGCCUGGAGCUGCAGCUUCCUGAGCUCGAGCCCCCCAUAACCCUGGCUCCAAGUCUACUGGCCCCUAGCAGGAGGAAGCAGAGGCUGAGAUUGUCAGUGUUUCAGCAGGAAGUGGACCAGGAGCUGCCCCUCUCCCAAGAGCCUCAUGGGAAUGCAGAUGCCUCCUCCAUCACCAGCAGCUCCCUCAACCUGACCUUUGCCACACCUCUCCAGCCACAAUCAGUGCAGAGGCCUGGUUUGGCCCGCAGACCUCUCACCCGCCGACCUGUAGAUGUGGGUGCCUUUUUGCAGGAUCUGCAAGAUACUUCGCUGGCCUUGGCUCCUCUAGGUGACAGCCGCAGAACCCCUGUUGCUACUCUGCCAACGGACACUGUCUUGGAGGACACCCAGCCUUUCUCCCACCCCUUGGUUGGCCGCUCCCCUAGUGUGCACCGUUCUCUGCCCUGCCCCUCUCACACUAGGGCUGCAGAUGCUGAAAGAGCUGUUGGCCAUAGGACACGGAGCAGUGGGCCUGAGCUACAGAACAAUAGUCCUGGGAUACCAGCCCACCCUCUGGCAGGAAGGACAGAGGAGGUCAGCGUCCUUGAUGUGGAGCCCUUAGAGGUAGGAGUUGGUGAGAUGGCAGAGGAAAGGAUGGAAGAAGGCUUGAACAUGAGUGAAGUGAAAGAGACAACAGGAGUACAGGGACCUGCCAGGGCAGAAGAGCAUGAGGGGCACAUAGAGGUAACCAAAGCAGACGGAUCCCAGGGGAUUCUUGAGGCCAUGGAGCCAGAAGAAUCUUCAGGGGACGAAAACACCUCUGGUGGGACAGCAAGUCCAGAGUUGGCUACCAGCACCCCCGAGUUUCUCCGGGCCAGAAAACUUCAUCAGUUUCCUGAGCCAACCCCACCACCCAGUGCUACAGACUUAUGUUCAGAACCUCUGGAGCCUCUUUCAGCCAGAUUUCCUCCCAGGGCCCGAACCGCUGGCCCCAGGCCCCGUCAAGAUCCCUACAAGGCUGGACUGAGUCACUAUGCAAAGCUCUUUAGCUUCUAUGCUAAAAUGCCCAUGGAGAAGGCGGCUCUUGAGAUGGUAGAGAAGUGCCUGGACAAGUAUUUCCAGCAUCUCUGUGAUGACCUAGAGGUAUUUGCUGCUCAUGCUGGCCGUAAGACUGUGAGGCCAGAAGACUUAGAGCUGCUGAUGCGAAGGCAGGGCCUGGUCACUGACCAAGUCUCACUGUACGUGCUUGUGGAGCGCCACCUGCCCCUAGAGUACAGGCAGCUGCUUAUCCCCUGUGCAUUCAGCGGCAACUCUGUCUUCCCUGCUCAGUAGUAGCCAGGCUUCGACCCCUGCCCUGUCCCCACCUGUGCCCCAUUGACCGCACAUACUCUGCCAGGCUUCCUCUCUGCCCUCCAGAAUCAAUAAAGUGUCACAAACAGAA